CGAGAAGGCCCAAAGAUGCUCAGGAAGUUCGUAAUAAGUUUUGUCUUGUGUCCUUUUGCAGAUGGAUUCAAGAAAAUCGUAGAAUUGAAGAAAUAUAAUCCCCAGCUGAAAGUUUUGGUUAGUAUGGGAGGUUGGAAUGAAGGUUCAGGAAAUUAUUCGAAUGUAGCUAAAGAUCCAGUGUUACGAAAGACACUCGCUCGAAAUGUUUUAGAGUUUGUCCAAAGUAAGUCAUUUGAUGGAUUCGACUUGGACUGGGAGUACCCCGGGUCCAGAAAUGGAUCACAUCCUGAUAUAGAUAAGGAAAAUUUCAUCGCUCUCUUGACAGAAAUCAGCGAUCUAUUGAAACCUAGAGGAUUACUAUUCACUGCAGCUGUGGCUGGUGGAAUUGAAAGAAUUAACCUCGGUUACGACAUACCACGACUCAACAAUUUGUUGGACAUGAUCAACGUAAUGGUGUACGAUUUCCAUGGGCACUUCGAACCGUUUGUUGGGCACGGAUCACCUCUCCAUGCCUCCUCUUUGGACUACGAGCACGGCAGAAACUCAACUUUGACAGUGGCCACUGGUAUUGAAUACUGGAUCUACAUGGGUGCUGAUCCAGAAAAAAUCAACCUUGGAAUAGUCACUUACGGAAGAUGCUUCCAAUUAGCAGACCCAUCAAACACCCAACUGUAUGCUCCAAGUGCUGGACCAGGAAAUCGGGGACCCUACACAAAUCAAUCAGGAUUUUUGGGAUAUAAUGAGAUCUGUGAAUUUCACAUGGAUUGGACUUACGUUUGGGACGACGAGCAAAAAGUUCCCCACAGAAUCGGCGACGUAGAUCAAUGGGUUGGAUACGAAGACGAAAAGUCUCUAGGAUAUAAAGUCGAGUUUGCCAAACAGAAAAAUUUGGGCGGAUUCAUGGUGUGGGCUUUAGACACUGACGACUUCACGGGGCUUUGUGGAAAACCGUAUCCUCUUGUGAACAGUCUCCAUUUUGCCAUCAACGCCUACAAGGAAAAAACAAACUUCUGAACUAAGUUUCCAGAUUAACUCUUUUAUAACUUGAUAUUGUGUCCCGCUGCGGUGUAUAUUUAUAAAUUUAUUUGAUUAUGGGUUGAAAUAAAUGAAAAUUGUGAUAGUUCAAAAAUUUCGAAAUUGAAGCCCGGCUCUUUCACCUUUGUCAGUGGUAAUCUUUGUCAGUGUCUGGAAAUAUUCUCGUUGAAAAAAAUUGAUUGUUUUUUAUUUCUCAUGAACAAUAAAAAUUGUUGAAAAAGCAUAAAUAAAA